UGCUUUCAUAAAUUUUGGUAUGUUUUUCCUAAUGUUCUUCUUUGUCCAUUAGUUCCACUACUUAUUGGGUACUUUGACAAACGGCACACUAUUUUUUUUAAUUUUUUUAAUGUUGUUAAUUACAACAGUGUUGUUUAAACAGCUGUUCAGCCCAUUUCGUUUUGUUUGCCAUGUUUGAUAUAAACUCUCGGUCAACAGAGUUAAAGAUUUUUCAUGUUCCAAAGUACACGGCAAAAAACUGUGCUGUAUUAAUCAUUACUGCUGCUGCUGCAAACACAACUGGGUACGUGUAACUACAUUCAUCCGUUUGUCACGAUUUCAAGUGUUUGAGCGCUCACCACGUGCACUUGCCCAGGUGUAACUGAUAAUAACCAGGAAAGACAAGAAAGCAGAGAAGGAAGAAAGGAUCCACUCGGAGAGGAGCCGGUGACACCAGAGAGAGAAGAUGAAUCCCAGGAUGCUCGUCAUCACACUGUUGAGUGUGACGUGGACAACAGCAUCAGGUCUGCCUUGUGCUCAGAUGUUUCCCUCCCAGUCUCCCCCGUUAUCGGUCAACAGUGUCCGGCCGUCAGAUGUGUCUGUGCUCGCCACCACUGGACUGUACACGUACAACACUGAUUUGUCCACAGUGUUGUCCAGACUCACAGAGCUGAUGACUCUGUUCAACCCUGCUCUGGUCAGUCCGCUCACAGACUCAUAUUCAUCUCCGUUUGUUCAGCAAAGGACUAUGUUGGAGCAGGCAAAGGACCUGACACUUUACCUUCAGAACAACGAGGUCAUUGACUUGGACGCAGACUGGAAGCUGGUGCUGCUCUUUGUGCAGGUAGAUGGACUUUGUGCCCUGGAGCAGCAGCAGGUUCAGUCUGGUGUUCAGGCCUUAGUGGAUGAAGUGGACCAGGCCCUGCAGCUGCUGUACUCUGAGUUAAAGCGGACCAUUGUCAGUGUGGCAUUAUGGGAUGGAGAGCACCAGGCUUUCCAGACCAGGACAAAUCCAGCCACAGUAACAAGUGAUGGAGAAGCCAGAGUUGUGAGGGCCACACUGACACAGUCCCUGCAGGUGUCGCUGGAGGAGCUCCUGGUGAAGAGGAGGUGGUACGGUGACAGAGGGGACUUCACUGUUACUCUGCAGAACACACCACUGGUUAGAGACGUCUCAUCUUCUGCUAGAGCGAAGCUUCUCUCUGAGGCAGAAACUUCACAGCAAACUGAUGAACUGCUGCUGCAGAUGUGGGCCAACCUGCUGCAGCCCACACAGGACCAAGACACCAUGGACGGACGAGGAGUCGUCUCCACUCUGCCUUGUCCAACUGAGGAGCGUCCCUUCCUGAGGACAGAGGACAACUCUCCCACAGAUCGUCACAGCCCAGUUUCUCCUCUCCUUUAUUCAGUCACAGGAACAGAGAUGCUCUGCGAGGACCUCGGCCCCUCGGACUCCGUACCCACCACAGUCCAUGAACUCAGGCCCGUGGACGUCAGCGUUGUGGCUGCAUUAGGAGACUCUCUGACGGCAGGAAACGGUAUUGCAUCCAGCCCAGAAAACAUCCUGGACGUCCUGCGUCAGUACAGGGGGUUAUCCUGGAGUGUUGGUGGAGAUGGAAACCUCACAACUGUCACCACUCUGCCCAACCUCAUUAAAUAUUUCAACCCCAACGUGACGGGCUUCUCUGUGGGAAUGGGCAAACAAAACUCUGAAAAUGCUUUUCUCAACCAGGCCGUAGCUGGAGCCAAGACCAAAGAACUGCUCCCACAGGCACGGGCCCUGGUGGCAAGGAUGAAGAAUGACUCUAGAAUUGAUUUCAAAAACGACUGGAAGGUGAUCACAGUUUUCAUCGGUGGCAACGACCUCUGCGACUUCUGCUACAACUCUCUUCUCUUUUCCAAAGAGAAUUACGCUCGGUAUCUGCGUGAAACCCUGGAUUAUCUGCACAGAGAGGUGCCUCGAGCUCUGGUCAACCUGGUGGAGCCUAUGUUCAUCUCUCCUCUGAAAGAAAUGCACACAGACCCCUCCCUGAAUUGUCCAACAUGGCUGGUGAAGAUUGUGUGUCCUUGCGUCGUGUUGUCAAAGCCCAACUCUAACGCCGUCCAAAAGUUGGAGGAAAUCAACCGAAACUAUCAGCGUGUGCUGCGUGAGGUGGUGGAGUCAGGUCACUACGACAAUCGCUCUGACUUCACAGUGGUCGCCCAGCCUUUCUUCAGGGACGUUGUUUUGCCCCGACUGCCGAACGGCCGCCCUGAUCGCUCAUACUUCAGUGCCGACUGCUUCCACCUCAGUCAAAAGGCCCAGACGAUCAUGGCCAGAGCCCUUUGGAACAACAUGCUGGAACCUCUGGGCAACAAGACUUCAAAACAAGAUUUCACCGUGGACAUUGAGCUGAAAUGUCCAACCAGGAGCUCACCGUACAUCCGCACCUAUAAAAACAGCGACUACACAUACUCUGGUCCUCCCCCCACACCGACACCCAUCCAAAACUGGGGAAGUGACUUCUCGUGUGUAAACCUCAGUCCAUCUGACACUGUGCCAACUUCAGUCCACAAACUGAGACCGGCAGACAUCAUGGUGGUGGCAGCUCUGGGAGAUUCAGUGACGGCAGGAACUGCUGCUAAAGCCAAAACUUUUUUCGAGCUGAAUAGAAAUUACCCAGGACUGUCGUGGAGCAUUGGAGGAGAGAAGACUCUGAACACGACCACAACACUACCAAACAUCUUAAAGAAGUUCAACUCUGCUCUGAAGGGCUUCUCUAAAGGGUCUCUGCCGAGACAGAAGGGCUUCAACAUGGCGGCACGUGGAGCGAGGACCUCUGAUAUUCCAGAUCAGGUCCAAGCCCUCGUCAAGGCCCUGAAGGAGGAUAAGGAAGUGGAUUUUGAAAAAGACUGGAAACUUGUCACAAUAUUUGUCGGGGCCAGCGAUCUUUGCCAUUACUGCACAGACCAAAAUAACCUUUCACCGAAGAACUACAGUCAUAAUCUGAUGCUCAGCUUGGACACGCUGUACCACGAGGUACCGCGUCUCCUGGUGAACAUGGUGGAGAUCUGGCAGAUCCAUCCACUGAAGACGAUUAAUAACAACACGCUGACCUGCGCUCUGUUGCCAAUGAUGAACUGCCCGUGUGUCAUUAACGCAGCUGAGAACUCUCCAGAGUUGGACGAGAUUAAACAAAUCAAUCUUCAGUACCAGGCUGAGACCCAGUACCUCGUUUCUGGAGAUCGCUACGAUGGGAAGGAAGAUUUUGCUGUUGUCCUUCAACCAUUUCUGCACAAUUAUUUUGUCCCCCGUGUUGGAAUGGGGGAGUCUGAUAUCAGUUUCUUCUCCGUUGACUGUUUCCACAUCAGUGACAGAGCUCACUCUGAGAUGGCCGUUGCCCUGUGGAAUAACAUGUUGGAGCCUGUGGGCAGGAAACAGGCCUUCAACAACUUCACCUACGAUCGCUCCAAGAUUAACUGUCCCUCUGAAGCCUCUCCCUUCAUUUUCACCAAGCAAAACAGCCUCAAAAGCCCCACCAUCUGUUCCUCCUCCAUACCCGUGUGGGUGCCAGUGGUUGCGGGAAUUGUCAGUUUACUGGCCGGCAUUACCGUUGGCUACUUGUUUCUCCACUGUAGGCAACAACGGAGCAACAAAAAGGUGAAGAAAUUGGAGAUGAUGGGGACUCUGUUUUAAAUGGAAUCUCGUUUGAAUUCCUACCAGACUGUACUUGAAAAGAUUAGUCUCAUGGUUAAUGAUCUGCUCUUACUGUCGGUGCUUCAGAUAUUUCCCAGUUUUUUUCAGCCAGUUUACUGAAGAGUCAGUGUGAGCGGUUUCAGUGUUUAUGUAAGGUUUGUGUUGUUGGCUGCACUGUGUUCUGCCCACAUUUGUAUAUAAGAUCUUGGUUAGUUUUAUCUGCUGGACUCAGAUACCAGCAGCCAUUUCAUAUCACUGGUACUGAACUGAUAAAAAGUGUAGUUUUGCUGAUUGUAAAUGUGUGUAAAACCUGUUUGUACUAUGUAAAAAAAUAAAAUAAAAAAUAUAUAUAUUAAAAGA